GUUAACAGGCGUAUAGGAUACUGAUAUCGGGAUUUACUUAUUUCAAGAUCGAUAUUUUCCGCGGCUCAGUACGAGUUUAUAACCGUGGUCGAACGCGGAGUAGACACCGGUGUGCACAUCCGCCGCAACGCGCCAGACAAUUUCCGGCCGCGGGCGAUUACAUCAGGCACCCGGUGUACGAACUGUCGAGCAAGUAUGGAGUGGCUAGUAGUGACCAGGUGCCCUUGCCGGCUCGUCUCGAUGAGCUCCGGGAGCACAUACGCCGAGAAAUACGCAAGGAGUUGAAGAUAAAGGCUGGCGCCGAGAAGCUGAGGGAAGUGGCGACCGAUCGUAAAGCGCUCUCCGACGUGGCGACGAUCGUGAAAAAGUCGAAUAGUAAGCUGAACGAAUUGCAGGCCGAGCUUCAACAACUGGAAAGUCAAAUUAUAUUGACGCAGGGCCAACCACAGUCGCCCCAGCAAAAUCAUUCGAACGGUCAAGUGAUUGAGUUCCUCUGUUGGGUAUUACAGGUAAAGCAAGGAGCGGAAAACAUGAUUCAAAGUUUGACAAGCGGCAGAGACAAAAAGUUACUGCAGGAGGCUCAACAAAUGCUCGACGAUUCUCGCGCCAAAAUCGAGUUCCUACGCAUGCGAAUAAUGAAGGUGCGGCAAGCUCGUCAGCAACAACAUGCACGCGGCGAUGCACCACCGCCGAACGGCGAGGCAACUAGCAAUAAAGAUAAAUACGAGCCUAGUUUGGAGCUCGCGCUGGAGGAAAGGGUAGAGGAGCUUCGACAUCGUUUGCGGAUCGAAGCCGCGGUCGUUGAAGGAGCUAAGAACGUGAUACGUCUUUUACAAAGUGCCAAAGUCGCUGAUAAGAAGGCCUUAACGGAGCGGCGCGGUGCUUCCAUCUUUCGCAAAUACGAUCGACCGUUCGAAUCGAUGUGCAACGGAACGACAUUAGCGAAAGAACGUCGGAUUCUGUUCGCAAGGGAGGAGAGCGCUAAUGCGUUUUCGCAGCGAAACCGAUUAAACGCUCAAGGCGAUGAUAUUCUCCGCGUGGAGGAGGCUGAAGAAAAAGGCUGCGACAUGUACGGGCGCGGAGGCAACUCGAACAACACGCAACCACCACCGUGGUUGGUGCGUGCAGAAGUCACGAUUCGCCAUGGCACGCCAGUCACCUCGGAAUCCAGCCAGGUACCAGUAAGCAUGUCUUCAACUGUCACAGAUUCAACCGGUGGUGUUCGCAUGAUAUAUCGAUGGAACACCAGUCAAUCAUGCCCGUCAUCGACGAUGCCAGUCGUUACGACUUCCGGCCCAACCGCGUCUUCCUCUUCUAGCUCUAGCUCGUUCGGCUUUCAGCGAGGAAACAUAGUGUUCACGUCAACGCCACCUCCAAAGCCAGGCUUCACCAUUCCAAGAUCUGGAUCGUCCGGAAAUGACGAAUCCAUGUCAUCCAGAGGACGGAGUGUAAAUAUCUCGGACUCGGGCUAUAACAGCGGGCAAUUUUCACCUCAAUCGUACUCGAGUUUGCCUUCUCGCCGGCCCUCCACUAACACUCUUUCGCAACAGUACAAUCGUCGAUGCAAAAGCACAUGCAGCAUCGUGUUAUCUGCCGUGGAUACUGCAGACGGCUCGAAGGAACAAAGUUUCAGCAAACUAACGAGCAGUGAGAUCGUUAAGCAUUCGUACGACAGUUCUUGGCGGCAUCCAUCGACGCAUCAACAUGCGUUUUCGCGUCAGCAGUUCAGCACGGUACCGGAAGUUUGCGAGGAGUGCCUCGAGGGGAGCACUUCCAGCGCACAUGGUGAACAUUUCUGCAGCAGUGUCACACAGGAAAAAGUCACGACCAAGUCGGCCACCAUCAGCAAAGACGCAUCUUCGCAAACGACAGACAUAGAAUCCCGGGAAUCUUCGUCAACGAUCGUCAGCGAUAGCAAAGUAAGAAGGAAAGUAGCUACUGGUCUCCAUUCUUCGUUGAACGAGCAGAAGAAGAAGAAGCAAGAGAGUCGAUCGCCAACAGUUUCCGAGGCCACGAGCAUCGGUCCUUCAAUCGAUUCGGAAAGAUCCGAUUCGUCAACGAAAGAUGACAGCGCAAAACGCAAAUCGCGAACCGUGCACAUUGACGUGUAUUGCACUGGCUCCGAUGAUGACGAAAACACCGAUACGUCGACCGAGAAUGAAUGCGAAACUCCUAUGACCGUGUUCGAGAACCCAGACGUAAAAGUCACUCAUACUCAAGUGGCGAGUAACGUCUUGCCCAGGGGAUUUCAAGAUGACAAGGCAUUUCUGAAACGUGCUACAGAACGACGAUGCGACAGCUUUAAACACGCCCCGAUGAGGAUGCCCUCCAUAGCUAGUUCGAAGGGCUAUGACAGCGACGACGUCCUUAGCUCGCUUUAUCCCUCGCAAUUCAGUUCGUACAGUGCUCUUCGAGACCUCGAUUCUGCGCCCUUGUCUGCUACGUCUUCUAACGCGGGCAUUCCAUUCGAUUACGAUUCGACUAUUGCUACCUCGUCUAAGGAUACCUUGUCCGACAUGGAGUCUCCGAUAAUUAACAAAGUGGGCUUGAGCCCUUGUGAUAGCUUCGAGUACGCGAGCAGUUCCGAUCGCGAGAGAAUACGAAGAAUGGAGGAAACGUGGGCCAAGACAGAAGGCGAAAGAAAACAAUGGCGUUCGCCAGGAAUCGAACGCAAAUAUUUGUUGCAGAAUCGAAAGAUGAAAGAAUAUUUAAAAAAACACGAGAUGGGAUGGUCGUCGGCUGACAGUGGCGAAGAAUCUGACGAAAGCGGUACAGUUGGGUGGAGUUUCGUACCCAGUGAGGAUAGUCAAAGAAUGGUGAAAAAACUGCCGACUGUGCGACGAACAAGCAAAUCUACCACAGAUAGAAAUCCGAUAGUUGAACAAGAGCUUUUGAAUCAAAAGAAUUUACAACAGGAUCAUUCUGAUUCCACGACGCGUAGCGAUAGUAUUCCCAAUCCGUACAGUUUUCGUGACCAAAUUGGUCCGUUCGGUUCCAACAGCCCUUCCCCUCUUCCGUCGAAAGUACCCUCGCGAGUUACUUCUCCCUUUAUGACGCCUCAGGGCGAAAGAACCGACCAUAUUUUGAAGGCAUCGAUAUUCGGCGCGGUAGUAAACGCGUUUCGAAAGCCAGGCCAUCAUAUAGGACCUUCCAAGAAUCCCUCGUGCUCCUGCGAGCAUUGUCGAAGACAUUUUGAGGAACUUAAUUCACGAGAACGUUCUCGUUCUGCUCAAGCAAGUCUUGCUGAAUCGAGUAGAAAAUUGGACCUGUUGAGAUUAUCCCUUGAACUUAGAAGACAAGAAUUACCACCUGACAGUGGUACUGCUGCUCAAUUAAAGAGGGAAUUAGCUAGUAUUCAAUCCGCUAGCCCGGUUCCUGUAACGUACACGUCGUUGCAACCGUUUCGUGGUCCUCUGGAAGGUAAAGCUACAGUGCCUGCUUCAGUUUCAAGAUGUGCUGCUGUCACUGGACAAUUAGAGGUAAGGUUAAUGGGAUGUCAAGACUUGGCAGAAGAAGUGCCUGGUCGUACGAGAAGAGAGCAUCCAGCAAGUCCUGAUCUACGCAGUUUCGUCAAAGGUGUCACAGGGCGCAGUUCCAGUAAAUCGUACAGCGUUAAGGAUGAAACAAGUAGUUUUCCAUCGAACUAGAUAAGUCGAGAGAACUUGAAAUAGGCAUUUAUUGGAAAGAUUGGAGAUCUCUUUGCGCUAUAAAAUUUUUACGUUUAGAAGAAUUUAUCGAUGAUGUGAGACACGGAAUGGCUCUGCAACUAGAACCGCAAGGUCUUCUCUUUGCUGAAAUUAAAUUUUUGAAUCCUAUGAUCUCAAGAAAACCUAAAUUGCAACGUCAACGCAAGAUCUUUAAACAACAAGUGAAGAAUUUCCCAAGAGCUAAUCAAAUGAACAUUAACGUUGCAACUUGGGGUAGACUCUUGAAACGAUCGGCUCCUUCCUUACACAAUACAAGAAAUUCCGAAAGUCCACCAUCAGGACCGCCUUUGCAACUUGUUUUUGAUACUUCGCUAGAAGAUAAACCUGAAACGCCUGGAGAAUUGCCUGAUCCUGAAAAGGGAGGUUUAGGUGGAGCGAGACCUUUAGGCUUGUCAACUUCAAGUAGUAGCCCUACACUGCCACGUCCUCCAGAACAUCCUCCACCACCACCACCUACAGUUACGAAAAAGCCAUCGAUGCCUGCACCUCCACCGCCACCAAAAUUAGACCAAGAAAGUGCAUUAAGGGAGUUUGAUUUCCUGCACAACGAGGAAAAGGGGGGUCCUCAGGGGGCAAAUUUAAGGCCUCUCGUAACAGAGCCUCGUGCUGUGCUGAUUGCACCAACCUCUCCACGCACACCCUCGCCCCAACCUGUCGUCGAGUUUCCUGAAGAUGAGCAUUCUGUGGAAGAUGUCAGUAAUUUUGAUGAAGAAUUUACAUCAGAGAAACCACAAUUAACUCCACCUAAAGAUCCUAGACCACUUAGUGAUUCAGAACAAAAUCUAUUUAAAGAUUUUACGUAUAUGGCUGACUGGUGCUAGCCAUAAUAACAAUAUUAAUUGUCUUUUUGUUAAAUUUGAUACGCAGUUUAGCAUUUUAUUGUUUCAACAUCAUUUUAAGGGCAAUCAAAUCGUAAUUAAUAACAUGAAUAAUUAUAUAUGUAUUUGUUUAAUUGUCAGAAUAUGUUCCACAUUUCAUAAUGUUAUCUAUUGUACAAAUGUUUUAUUUUUAGUAUCAUGAUAUAAUCAGGCAUAGAAUUAAAAAAAUUAUGUUCAACAAACGAAUCUCAGGUUUUUAAUUAAUGUAUGUACGAAUGUCAGACUUUUAACUCGUAGUUAUACAUUCAUCACUAUUGUUUCCAAUGUGCAACGUAGUAAAUAAUCAUAAUUGUUUAAAAAUACCUGAGUGUAAUAUUCAGAUUUAAUCAACUGUAAGACCAGAAAAGAAACAUAAAUUAUACAAAUACUUUUGUAGCAUGUUCACAUUUUGAUAAAAAGCAGCAGUUUCGAAUUUAAAUUUUUGAAGAUUUAUACUAUUUAAUUAAAAGAUACUAGAUCUCAAUCAUGAUUCGAAAUAUUGACCAAAUAUUUGAAAUGAUAUCUAUUUAAAGUAUUAUUUCAUAACUUUCACUUAGUACACUCAUUUUUAUAUAGUUUUCAAGUACUCAACAAUCGUAUUCUUAUAAAACAAAGAAUAUUCAUUGUAUAAACAUAUUAUAAUUCAUAAAGUGCAGAAAAUAA